UUGCGCUUCCUUUCAAGCACGAGCUCUGGGGGAAAAAUAACAUCAGAAACCCAAACGGCUCGAUCAAGACCCUAUAAUAACUGUUUAACCACAGCAAACAGUCCACGUAACAUUUCUACAGCUUCUCGAAUACGUAAACAUCCACAAACGACAUGCCGCAGAACGAGCAUAUCGAGCUUCACCGUAAGCGUCACGGUUACCGGCUCGACCACCAUGAGAGAAAAAGGAAGAAGGAGAGCCGUGAGGCGCACGAGCGCUCGCACAAAGCCAAGAAGCUCAUCGGUCUGAAAGCCAAACUGUACCACAAACAGAGGCAUGCUGAGAAGAUCCAGAUGAAGAAAACAAUUAAGAUGCACGAACAAAGAAGAACCAAACAGAAAGAUGACGACAAGACACCUGAAGGAGCAGUGCCAGCUUAUUUGCUGGACAGAGAGGGCCAGUCUCGUGCCAAAGUUCUGUCUAACAUGAUCAAACAGAAGAGGAAAGAGAAAGCUGGAAAGUGGGAGGUCCCUCUUCCCAAAGUGCGUGCUCAGGGUGAGACGGAGGUCCUGAAGGUGAUUCGCACUGGAAAGCGCCAAAAGAAAGCCUGGAAGAGAAUGGUGACCAAAGUGUGCUUUGUUGGAGACGGUUUCACUCGCAAACCACCAAAAUACGAACGCUUCAUCAGGCCGAUGGGUCUAAGGUUUAAGAAGGCACACGUAACUCACCCCGAGCUGAAGGCUACAUUCCACCUGCCCAUCCUGGGUGUGAAGAAGAACCCCUCCUCUCCUCUCUACACAACACUUGGAGUCAUCACCAAGGGAACAGUCAUUGAGGUCAACAUCAGUGAGCUUGGUCUGGUCACACAAGGUGGCAAGGUCAUCUGGGGUAAAUAUGCACAAGUGACCAAUAACCCAGAAAACGACGGCUGCAUUAACGCUGUGCUCUUGGUGUGAUUGGGGAAUUAAUGGACUGUGCCUAAAUGUGCAGCAUUGGAUACACAGUGGUGCUGGAUUAUCAACAUUUUCUCCAAAGUGCAGGAGAUACAACUAAAACAAAAACCAAACUGCUGUUCGUUGGCUAACAAAAGAGUCUGGACUGCAGUCCUGAAGGGCCACAAAACUACACCUAUUAUUGAUUUUUCCUGAUCUAACACAAUUGUUUCUACUCAGCAGAUUUUUCAGUGGUGUGUUAGAAUAUGGAAAAAAAACCCUAUACUGGGCUAUGCUCGUGCAGAGGAACAUUGUAUUAAUAAAUCAUACAGUGGAUUGUAUUAAAGAUCUUUUGAAAUAAAGAUUUUAUGUUGUGGGAUUUCA